UAUUGCGAACAGUCGCUGGUGACACAGCCUUUAGAGCUGGUAAGCAUAUCUCACUGUGUUGGUUAAUUUUUCUCCCCUAGUUCUUGUGUUUUCUUAAGGAAGUGCCGACAUCCCCUUUUUGAUUUUCGUUUUGGCUUGAAGUUACAGGAUCCCUUUCCUUCAUCUGUCACCCUGACCCCCUUAUGAGAAGAGGGGCCUCUCGCUGAAAGUUUUCUGCGUAGGACUCCCAUUCCUGCUUGGUGACUGCCUCCGCACAAGACAGGCGCCUUCAGUACAGCGAGAUCCACAGUGGAUUUAAGGUUGGGAGGGACUUUUAACUGAUCGGGAUGAAACUCAGGGCAACGCCCUUACACGCCUCCCGGCCACAUUCCGAGAUGAAAGGCCGGUUCAACUUUCCUGCCUAUCGGGACUAGCAGGAGGGGAAGUUGCUGUAGCCGAGGGGCCCAGAGGGCCAGACGUGUUCAGUGACCAAGACUGGCGUGAACGCCGAACUCGUGAACCAGGGCCGGACACCCAGGGCUGACUGAGACACGCGCGCAGGUCUCGUGCUCCCCGCGGAGUCCCGGGGGUGGGGCCUCCAGCCACGCCCCCUUCCUGCCCUCUGAUUGGUCCCUUCGAAACAGGCGUUGGCGAUUCGCGGCAAACAGUAAGGCUAAGACACGGCGGCGGUUGGCCAGGGGCGUUGUGGCUCUGCACAGAUUGAGCCGGGAUGGCUCCCCCCAGGGUGAAGUGACCAUUCUGCAUCUGCGCUGUCCAUGCAAGGCCCAGAUCGCCGAGAGAGACGGAACAAGGAGAUCCGCGCGGUGCUUUCCUAUUCACACCCCUCGGGCAGCAGAGCUGCGUGGGUUGGGGGUGCCUGUAGGUUGCGUGUCAACGGGAGGACAGUGUAGGAUGGCCUACUUGCCGAUGAGGUCAGUCCUGGUUCCCACCUAAUUCUUUGAAACCAAGGGAUUGGACCGUGUGGAUUUACAGUGCUCGUGGCAUAUGUGUGGUGGAGAAGCCGAUUCUAUCGCUGCUAAGUGAAGAGAUGGUUUUUGCAGGCCCAGUCCAGCACCUCAUGGAGAAAAUAAACUUAUGAAAAAUUAUUAUAGAAAGGCACGGAGUGUUGUUUCAUAGUCACAAUUGAUGUUUAUGUCUUUUACCUUGUUGUCUGGCAAAAGAAGCUCAUGGGUGGCUUGUGAGUUUAUGCAAAGUCCAGAUGAACUUUGAUGACCUCCAUGUAAACAUCAGGAAAUUAAUUUCAUUUCAAUAUUGAUGACCAUGCAGCCUGCAAUUCAAGUAUGGUUUGGAGAAGACCCGCCUCUGAGUCCACGGGGCCCUCUGACCCCCAGACAUGGGCCGGGUUUGGCUGAUGUUUAUCAGUAUGACGAGUGGAUAGCUGUGAGGCACAAAGCCACCCUGCUGCCCAUGCAAGAAGACCUGUCCAUCUGGUUGUCUGGUUUGUUAGGUAUUGAAGUUAAGGCAGAAAGAUUAUUGGAAGAACUGGACAAUGGAGUACUAUUAUGCCAGCUGAUUGACGUUCUUCAACACAUGGUGAAAACAGGCAGCUCUGAGGAACCAGGGAAUUUUCCAAUGAGAAAAGUGCCCUGUAAGAAAGAUGCCGCCUCAGGUUCAUUCUUUGCUCGAGACAAUACUGCAAACUUCCUUCACUGGUGUAGGCACAUUGGGGUUGAUGAGACGUAUCUCUUUGAAUCUGAAGGUUUGGUUUUGCACAAAGAUCCAAGACAGGUGUAUCUUUGUCUUCUUGAAAUUGGUCGAAUCGUGUCAAGAUAUGGGGUUGAGCCACCGGUGUUAGUAAAACUUGAGAAAGAAAUUGAGCUAGAAGAGACCUUACUUAAUACUUCUGGGCCUGAAGAUUCCAUCAGCAUCCCAAAAUCAUGCUGUCAACACGAAGAGCUGCAUGAAGCUGUUACGCACAUUGCUGAAGACCCUCCUUGUAGUUGUUCUCAUCGAUUUUCUAUCGAAUACUUAUCUGAAGGACGGUACCGACUAGGGGACAAAAUACUGUUUAUAAGGAUGCUUCAUGGAAAACAUGUCAUGGUCCGCGUUGGUGGAGGCUGGGAUACUCUUCAAGGAUUUUUGCUAAAAUAUGACCCCUGUCGAAUAUUACAGUUUGCUACACUAGAACAAAAAAUUCUAGCAUUUCAAAAAGGAGUUUCUAAUGAAAGUGUACCUGACUCACCUGCCAGAACACCUCAGCCUCCUGAGAUGAAUCCAAUGUCAGCAGUUAGCAUGUUUCAGAAAGAAAAAUCAAAACCAAGUACUCCAGUUGGGAUUACAAGGAGCAAAGGAAAGCAGGUGCGUCUGCCAGGUGUGGCGCUGCCAGUAUCUUCCCUGAAAGGACGUGACCUGAGCUCCGUGUCAGUCCGUUCUAAGAUGCCAAGUUCUUCUGAACUCAAACUCAAAUCAGCAGUGUCUUCUGAUCUCAAACUCAAAUCUUCAAAAGGCAUAACAAAGAAACCACAGGCUCCUUCAAACAGUGUAUCACCUUCACUCUCUUCUUUAAAUCCAGGAGGUAAAAGCACUUCUUCACCAGCCUUAUCAAGAACUACACCUUGUGUAUCUGAGUCAUUAAGUAAAUGUAUCUCAUCACCUGGUACUCCAAAGGCCAAGUUUAUUCCAGCCCAGAAAUCAAGAGAUGUGCCUGAGUCUACGUGUUUAUCAAAUAAGUGUUCUGGAAAAACCAAACCAAAGCAUUUGAAACAUAAUCAUGUAUCUUUCAGGGAUAAUGCUGUUUAUCACUCAGCUGUACAUUUAAAUUCUUCAUCAAAGUGUCCAAAGCUACCUACACCUUCUCCUUCUGACCAGUCCCCUGCAAAAAUGACUAAAUCUGGCUCCAAAACAAUAACUGCAGGACUCAGAACACAGCCUCAGCCAUCUCACAGAGCCCCGCAAGCAGGGGCAGUGCCAGCACAGAAGCUUAAGUCAGCCUUGACCUUAAACCAGCCAUUUCCUGUAUCCUCAGUUGCUGCUGCAAAAACACAGGCAUCAAGAGAUAAGAAUAUAGUUUCAGUUGUCAAAAAGCAGCCUCAGAAUAUAAGUACAUCCCAGAAGACAGGAUUCAGCUCCCCAAAGUCCCCUGGUCGUACCCCACUGUCCAUCAUGAGCCUUCCUCAGUCUUCUACAAAGACGCACACUGUAUCAAAGGCAGCACAGACUGCCACAAAGAGCCAGUAUUCAGCCAGAGGACCUCCCAAAAGUGACAAAGCCCCAGCUUCAACCAGGAAACCACCCUCAUCUGAUAAGGAAGCCGUUAGUGGAGAUAAAAAACCUACUGCAAAGAAAAAGGAAGACGAUGACCAUUAUUUUGUUAUGACUGGAAGUAAGAAACCUAGAAAGUAAAUAAAACCGUGUCAGUUCAAGGAAACAGAAAAGAAAGUGAAUGUGUUAGCUUCACAUGUUAAAAGGUUCUAUUUGGGUUUCUCCAAAUAGGUGCAGGCACUGAGUACAACAGUAUAGGGGUUGGAGGCUGGGAUAGAGGUAGGAGCGGUAAGGAGAGGGCUCGUCCGAAUUAGGAUCUGAAUUCACUGGAAGGUACCCUUUGGAGGCAGGUAGUGGUAAAAUCACCACACGGUUCUUGUGAAUAAUAGACAUUUAUCUGAUUUUCAGUCCAUAGAAUCUAAUGUCUGCCCUUUAAGGGAAAUGUAAAGUCAAAUAACACUACUAGAACUUUUAACUACAGUGGCUUUAUUUUGAAUAUGUAUUAAGUAUAGGUUUAUAUUUAUAUAGAGAUGUUACAUGCCUGCUAGUAGCAGCAGUGGUGCUCUUAAUAUUAGUUACUGAUUUUUUUUUUUAGUAAAAAAAAAAAAAAAAACGGUUUGGCACUUAUCUUACAAAAGGCACCUAAUUUAAUUUUCUGAUCGUGAUUGUCUGAUCAAACAAUACUAAGUUAAGCACCAGUGGCUGCUGCUGAUUAUGUUGGUGUUAUUCUGGGUUUGGUAAAAUUGCUACUUUUCUUUCAACUUUCCAAAUCAGAGGGAACUGAUUUUUUAACUGGCUUAUUAACAUUGGUAAUAAUUUGUUAUCAGUAUUUUUGGUUAAAAAAAAAGAAAGCCGAUUGAGGUAUUUUCAAAUGUCAUCUGAAAUUUGGUAAAAUACAAGAUUUUUCAUAUUAAUUGUAAGAAUUUACAGCUUGUACUUUAGAUGGGUGUUGUGCAGUGUGAAAGGGGAAACCAAUUCAGUAGCUUUUAGGAUAUUAAAAUAUUUUUAUUAAUGUAAUUUCCUACAAGAGCAGAUAUGAAUUUUUACAUUAAUAUAUUUUAACAUUAGAAUUACAUUUUAACAAUUCUAAAAUUAAGAUGAUAAAGAAUCUUAGAAUAAGUAUUCUGUAUUGAAAGGUGCUAUAUAAAAAUUCUAUCAUGUGGUUAUUUUUUUAGAUGGCACAAUAUCAGUUUCAAUUAGCUUCUUCCAGCUACAUUAAUUUCCUUUUAUAAAAUCAUGUUGCCUUCAGUUUUGCAAUGGCAAGUAAUAGUAUAUACGCAGCAUUUUCUGCUCUGUAGUCAGAUUCUCCAGGGAACAUAUCCAGAUCACGUAUGACUGCAUAGGCCCAUCAGUCUAAGAUGGUGUUUGUAAAUGGAUGAAGAGAUUGUGAAUAUUUAAAAAGUAUUAAAUAUUACUUUCAUAAGUCUUGGGGUAUGUUUAAUAACUGUACAGUAUUAUCAGUUAUCACAGGUUAUUCAAUAUUGAGGCUUGUGAUUCUCUAUUUUAAACUGUAAUGUGUUUUGUAAAGCAAAAUAAUGGUUUAUACAAAUGUGCAAUGAGAAUAAGCAUUUUAAGCUGGCUACCAAUGUUCUAUAGAUUAUAAAGCAAGAAAACUUUGUAUAAGAUGAAGUGAUCUUUUGUCUGAGGCACCUAGUUAAAAUCAAAGAUGUAUGCAAGCUAAUUUUUGGAAUAACUGAUGCUUUUCUUUUUAAAAGAGACACUCACCAAAUAUUUGGUUUAGUUCUGCUGUUGAUCUGGGUGUUGAGAGAGAUCAUAUGUUCAACUUUGGAAUGUAAAGUCAAUGUUCAAGAAAUGCUAGAAGCUUUAUAUUUUUGGUGAUCAGAAAUAUUUAACACAUGUUUCAGAGAGGAAGAAUUUUACCUUUAAGAAGGAGUUUAUUUCCUUAUAAGACGAAACACUACUUUUGUAUCAGUAACCUCUAGAAUGUAAAAAAAAAGUAAAUGAUAUUAUAGCCAACCUAUGAAUCCAAGUAUAUUUCACAAUAUGUGAACUUUUGUGUUGGGAGCCACCAGGAAUAGAGUAUCCCACAGAUUAUCUGGCACAGAUUCCAAGAAUUAUUUUUUGAAAAAUUAAGAAAUUCAUUUAUAAGUAGCCUUAUUCUUCAUCAGUAGGAAAUCUCUUCACUUACAUUUGUGUUGAAUGAAUUUUUAUUUAUGUAUGGUUUACCCUUCCAAACUGAAGGUUUCUUUGAAGUACACGAUGCCUGACAGAUACUUUGUUCAAGUAUAUUUUAAAGUACUAUUAAAGAAGAGCUACUGUCUCUAAUCAUUUUCACGACUUAAAAAAAUAUUGUUGAAGUUGGAAAGUUUUUACUUCUCAAUAAUAGUGCAAGACUAUAAAGAUUUCUGUGUUUGGUAUUUAAUAAGUUAAUAUUAAGCUUAAAUUACUGAAGUAACCAGAAGAAAUAAUGUGUAUUUUCAAAAAAAAAUGAAAUAAAGGGUUUUUUUUGGUAUAAAUUUUUAACAUGACUAAUAUAUCAAAUUAAUCUUCAGAGGAACAUAAAAUUAUGAUUAUUUUUACAUUAGGUAUUUAAGGCUUAUAUCUUCAAAGUGCCUUAAUAAAUUAGAUUACGUCUAACUUUUCUCCUCAUAGUGAGUUUACAGUUCUUAGUGGAUACAGGAAAUAUUUUGAGAAAUAA